AUGCCGGUAGUCGUUGAGGAUGCGGGGGUGUCGAAUGAGCUGCAGGUGACCGCGUCCGGUGAUCCGAAGGACAAGGUGGACGUCGAAGUCGAUCGCGACAACGGCGAUGCUGGUUUUCUAGAUGUGUCGGUGACGACGGCAAAUGAAGACUGCUCCGGAUGCAGCAGCUCGCGUGUCGAUGACACGUUUGUGUCGACUUGUUCACACCAGGAAAAUGAGGAGUUGAUUUGCAACCUCAAGCAUCGCCUCGCCUCUGCGGAAAUGGAAUUGGCGUUGAAAGCGGAAAAAUGCGGCAAGCUUCAAGAAAUGCAAGAAAACGUCGACAGUGAAAUACAGGAGUUGACGGCGAGUCUCUUUCAGGAGGCGUACCGCAUCGCUGCAGAAGCGAACGACAGGCGUGCUUUAACCGAAAAGCUUCUGCAGGAAGCCAAUGGGAAGGUUGAAGUACUUCAGGCGGAAGUUGAAGCCCUUAAAAUAAUCGUUUUGGCGUCGAAUGUUUCUCUGAACAUCUCUCAACCUGACAAGAAACAUUCUUCUUCCGAAAGCAAGUCGAAACUUCCGUUCCUGACGCACAAGCGCGACUCGAGCAAUGGCAGUUCACUUGUUAAACAGUCGUCGUACGAUCACUGUAUGUGUUCUUUCCCGGAGAGUCACGAGCUCGGCGAACGCGUUUUGCAGGCCAUCGAAAACAAUACGAUCAUUUUGGAACCCGUGUCUCUAGAGGAAAAGGCUAUCGCAAGGUCACUGGUAAUCCUCCGACUGAAGCUACAACAUGCUAAAGAGUUUACCUUGGUAAAGGUCUAUGCGCCCAUUUUUGAGGGAGAAUAUGAGACCUUUCUUGAGGAAGUGCAGUGUGUUCUGUCCGAAGUUCCGAAUACAGAGUCCCUGAUACUGAUGGGCGAUUGUAAUGCGCACGUCGAAGUAGACGCUGAAAAGAGAAACGGCGUGAUCGGGAAAAACGGCCCUAGCGACCUCAAUAAUAACGGCAUGAAGUUGUUGCGGUGUUGCGUUCUGACCGGCGUUCCCAGACUGUGCAGCUACCGGAUGAAAACGGACAACAACGACCAAUGGAUGUACAUUUCUACUUUAUGCAGGAACAGGAUCGCCAGCAUCUGCGAUUUUUUCAUGUAUCUGCGCUACCUGAAGCAGGGUCUAAUCAAACGCGGAUUGCAAGAAACGUACUGGGAGGUGAUCCGCUUGCGCAAGAAGAUAGCACUUGCUCGUCUCGGUCUUGGUCAGUGCUCUUCGUGCUGUCUGCACUGUACGUUGGAGUCUGACGGUGGCAGACAGGUGCGUUAA